CGGGGAGGGCGGCCCGGCGUGGGGAAGGAAAACAAUAAAAUAAAAUAAAAAGCUACAACCCCGCCGAGGGCCGAUGCGGACACAAAGCCGGAGGAAAAGCAGCCUUCCCAGGAGAGCGGCGGGGAGGGCCGCCGCCGGCGCGGCCGCAUCGCCGGAGCCAUGGCCUCGUCCCGCCUGCCACCGGGCACCGCGGUAGGCGCUGUGAGCCCGCCGCGGCCCCCCGCUGCCGAGACGGAGGAGGAUCCCGGCACGGCCUUCGCCUUGGAGGACGCCGAGGAAGAGGAGGAGGAGGAGGAGGAAGAGGAAGACGCGGAUCGGGGCAGCCCGCCGGGCGCCGCGCCGCAGCCCCAAGCCGAGAUUUUCCCGGGGGCGAGCGACGGCGAAGCCUUCGGCUCAGAGCGGGAGAGCUGCCACGGAGACAAGCGCUUCGAGCCGCCGGCCGCGGAGGACGACGUGAUCUACGACGACGUCCCGUGCGAAAGCGUCGAGGCGGAGCAGGACGGGCCGGAGCGCGGCCUGAUAUACGAGGACGUGCGGCAGCGGGACGAGGGGUCGCGGGAAGCGGAGGAUUUGGGCUGGAGCUCCAGCGAGUUCGAGAGCUACAGCGAGGAUUCGGGAGAGGAGGCCAAAGCCGAGGCCGAGCCGGCCAAGCAGCGGGCGUCUUUCCAGCCGAAGCUUUCUCCAGACCUGAAUAGACUAAAGGAGAAAUACGCCAGGACUAAGCGGGACAUCCUGGCUUUAAGAGUUGGGGGGAGAGACAUGCAGGAGCUGAAGCACAAGUACGAUUUUAAGAUGACCCAGCUGAUGAAAGCCGCCAAGAGCGGCACCAAGGACGGGCUGGAGAAGACCAAGAUCGCCGUCAUGAGGAAAGUGACUUUCCUGCACCGGAAAGAGGCGCCAGGCGACUCGGAGGAGGAGGACACGGGCUUUCUGGAGGUGACCGUCUCCGACAUGAAGCACCCGCCGCCGGAGCUGAGCCCCAUGCCCGAGGGGCUGAGCCCCCAGCAGGUCGUGCGCCGCCACAUCCUGGGCUCCAUCGUGCAGAGCGAGAGGAGCUACGUGGACUCCUUGAAGCGCAUCUUGCAGGAUUACAGGAACCCCUUGCUGGAGAUGGAGCCCAAGGUGCUGAGCGCCAGGAAGUGCCAGGUGGUGUUUUUCCGCCUCAAGGAGAUCCUGCAGUGUCACUCCAUGUUCCAGAUCGCCCUGGCAUCCCGCGUGGCCGAGUGGGACGCCACCGAGAAGAUCGGGGACCUCUUCGUGGCCUCGUUCUCCAAGUCAAUGGUGCUGGAUGUGUACAGUGAUUACGUCAACAACUUCACCACGGCCAUGUCCCUCAUCAAGAAAGCCUGUCUCACCAAACCUGCCUUCCUCGAGUUCCUCAAGAAGCGGCAGAUGGCCAGCGCCGACCGGGUCACACUCUACGGGCUGAUGGUGAAACCCAUCCAGAGGUUCCCACAGUUCAUCCUGCUGCUGCAGGACAUGCUGAAAAACACCCCCAAGGGCCAUGCGGACCGCCUGUCGCUGCAACUGGCCCUCACCGAGCUGGAGACGCUGGCCGAGAAGCUCAACGAGCAGAAGCGCCUGGCCGACCAGCUGGCCGAAAUCCAGCAGCUCAGCAAGAGCAUCAGCGACCGCAGCAGCCUCAACAAGCUCCUGAGCUCGGGCCAGCGGCAGCUGCUGCUCUGCGAGACCCUCACGGAGACGGUCUACGGCGACCGGGGCCAGCUCAUCAAGUCCAAGGAGCGCAAGGUCUUCCUGCUCAACGACAUGCUGGUCUGCGCCAACAUCAACUUCAAGCCCGUGAAUGCCAGGGGGCAGCUGGAAAUCAGCAGCCUGGUGCCGCUGGGCCCCAAGUACGUGGUGAAGUGGAGCACAGCGCUGCCCCAGGUGCAGGUGGUGGAGGUGGGCCAGGAGAGCGGCGCCUACGACCGGGACAACGCCAGCGGCCACGGCGCCGGUGGCCCCAACGCCGCCGCCAAGAAGCACGCGCCCGGCGGCCAGGCCUCGCACAAUAAGGUCUACCUGGGGCCGCCGCGGCUCUUCCAGGAGCUGCAGGACUUGCAGAAGGACCUGGCCGUGGUGGAGCAGAUCACGCUGCUCAUCAGCACCCUCCACGGCACCUACCAGAACCUCAACAUGACGGUGGCGCAGGACUGGUGCUUGGCCCUGCAGAGGAUGAUGAAGGUGAAGGAGGAGGAGAUCCACUCGGCCAACAAGUGCCGCCUCCGGCUGCUGCUCCCCGGGAAGCCGGACAAGUCCGGCCGGCCCAUCAGCUUCAUGGUGGUCUUCAUCACGCCCAACCCCUUGAGCAAGAUCUCCUGGGUGAACCGGCUGCACUUGGCCAAGAUCGGGCUGCGGGAGGAAAACCAGCCGGGCUGGCUGUGUCCCGACGAGGACAAGAAGAGCAAAGCGCCGUUCUGGUGCCCCAUCCUCUCCUGCCACGUACCCGCCUUCUCCUCCAAGGCCCUCGACCUGCAGCUCGGCGCCGCCGUGCACAACCCCGUGCAGUCCUCGCUGCUGGGCUUCGCCGCCGUCAGCACCUCGCUGCCGCAGGGCUACCUCUGGGUCGGGGGCGGCCAGGAAGGAGCCGGGGGCCAGGUGGAGAUUUUCUCGCUGAACCGCGCCGCGCCGCGCACCGUCAAGUUCUUCGCGGUGGCCUCGCCGGUGCUCUGCAUGGAGUACGUCCCCGAGCGGGAGCCGCUGGCGGGGCCCGGCGCCGAGCAGCCGCCCGGCCCCGCCAUCUGCCUGGGCCUGCGCGACGGCAGCAUCGUGGCGUACGGCAGCGUGGACGCCGGCACGCAGUGCUUGCUGACCCGCCGGAGCCCCGGCUCGCAACCCGUCCUCUGCCUCAAGCACAGCGCCGAAUACCUCUUCGCCGGGCUGCAGGACGGCACCGUGGCCGCCUACGCCAGGAACGACGGCGGGCCGGGGCGCCUGGCGGAGCAGCCAGCCUGCCUGGCUGUGGGCAGCGGGCCCGUGCGGGCGCUGCUGGCCCUCGACGAGAGCCUCUGGGCCAGCUGCGCCAACCACGUCACCGUCCUCGACGCCGGCAGCCUCCAGCCGCAGCAAACCUUCGAGGCGCACCCGGACGCCGAGGCCAGCGUGACGCACAUGAUCAAGGCGGGCAGCGGCGUCUGGAUGGCCUUUUCCUCCGGCUCCUCCAUCCGCCUCUUCCACACGGAGACGCUGGAGCACCUGCAGGAGAUCAACAUCGCCACACGGACCACCUUCGUCCUCCCCGGCCAGAAGCACGUGCGCGUCACCAGCCUGCUCAUCUGCCAAGGCCUCCUCUGGGUGGGCACCGAUCAGGGCAUCAUCGUGCUGCUGCCCGUGCCGCGGCUCGAGGGCAUCCCCAAAAUCACCGGCAAAGGCAUGGUGUCCCUCAACGGGCACGGCGGCCCCGUGGCCUUUCUGGCGGUGGCGCUGAGCACCCUGGCACCCGAGGUCCUCAAGAGCGAGCGGGAGGAAGAGCCGGGAGGCGGCGAGGAAGAGGAGGAAGAGGAGGCUGCCGGCCCGCCGCCGCCGCCCGGCGAGCCGCGGAAAAAAGGGAUUUUGCUGCAAUAUCGCCUGCGCUCCACGUCGCAUUUGCCGGGGCAGCUGCUGUCGGUGCGGGACGCGCCGGCCGGUGCCGCGCCGGAGCACGCCGAGGAGGACGGCUCCGUCUACGAGAUGGCCGACGACCCGGACGUGUGGGUGCGCAGCCGGCCCUGCGCCCGCGACGCCCCCCGCAAGGAGAUUUCCUCCGUGGCCAUCGUCUCCGGCGGCCGGGGCUACCGCAACUUCGGCGCCGCCGGCCGCGGCUCGGUGCCCGCCGGCGGGGCGGACAGCACCCUCCUCAUCUGGCAGGUGCCGCUGACGCUAUAGCACCGGGGAAAAGCCUUCCCCCCUCCUUUUUCUUUUUUUAAGGAAGAAAAAAAAAUAGGACUGAAUUGACUUUUUUCUCUUUUUUUUCCCCCUUUCUCCCCCCCCCAAAAAAAAAAUCUUGGAUUUUUUUUUUGGGGGGGGGAAGAGGGGGCAAAAGGGUGGGGGAAUUUUAACGGCGGCCUCCCUGCGGGCUUUGGAGGCGCCGGGAUUUUGCCGGGCUCUUCGGAUGAAGGUGUGGGCUGUCUGUGUGCGUGUGUGCAAAAAAAAAAAAAAUAUAUAUAUAUAUAAUAUAAAUAUAUAUAUAUAUAAAUGUUGUAUAUUAUUACCUGUAUAGAGAAGCAAAUCUGUAUAUAUGGGAGCAUGUGGAGCUGCAGAAAUAAAACAAGUGUGAACGCUA